CAUCGUAUUGUCGCUUUAAAUAUAGUACUGUCGAUUUAAAUAGGUUUAGUCAUCGGCACAUAUAUUCUAUAUAACUAAAAAUCAGACGUACCUGGUCUUCUUAACAGGGCUUUCAUUAUAGGCAAACAGUAUAAAUAAGCAUGACACGAUACAACCUAAAAUCAGACGCACUCUGAAUCUCUUAACAGAAUGAUGGGAAUUAAAUUUGUUGCGUUGUUGAUGGCAUUGCCGUUACCUGCUGUGUUAGGUACAACGUGUGACAUGACAGCCGAUACAUGUGAAUUCUGGUUGGACGUUAAAUUCAAGCUUACUAUGAUGGACUACAAAACCGCUGUAUAUCCAAUGGGAGGAAGACUUUACCCCUACAACGAAAAUAGAACCUCCGUGGAAUAUUCUAUAAAAGACACAAGUAACAUCAUUUCUGCUGAUGGUUGGGAAAAUUCAAAAUUAGUCAUUGUUGCCAACGGUACCUUACCAGGUCCUUCAAUAGAGGUUUAUGAAGGUCAAACGGUAAUAAUUCAUGUCAAAAACGACUUGAUAAGUGAAGCCACUUCAAUACAUUGGCAUGGUCUCCAUCAACCCAACACCCCUUUUAUGGACGGUGUGUCGUAUAUAAGCCAAUGUCCCAUUGGGCCGGGUCAGACAUUCACAUAUCGUUUCACUGCAGAACCUAGAGGCACCUUUUGGUAUCAUUCCCACAUCGGUGUUCAGCGAUCAAUGGGCCUUUAUGGAGCUUUUAUUAUUCGCGAGAAGAAAGCCUUGGAAAUGUAUGAACACUUGGCAGUUCUAAAUGAUUGGAAUCAUGAUUGGAAUUCAGAUGAGGGAUAUAAUAGGAUGGUUUACGGCAUAUAUAUGAAUCGUACAAAGUUGGGAGGUACGAGUUCCUUGGAUGGGUCCUAUUUUAGUUUGUUCCGUUUUCACUCAGGGCUGAUUAAUGGCAAAGGCAGAUAUUAUAAUGAUAUUGGUCAACACAAUGAAGCCCCUCUGCAUGUAUUUAAUGUAUCCCCGGGUUUAAAGCAUAAAUUUCGAUGGAUAUCUACUGGUUCUCUUUAUCCCUUUCGUAUAUCGAUUGAUGAACAUAAUAUAACUGUUAUAGCUUCUGAUGGUUAUGAUUUACAACCAGUGACUGCUGAAUCUGUUGUAAUAAAUCCGGGUGAACGAUUUGAUUUCUACAUAACAACUGAUAAACCAAGUGGAAACUACUGGAUCCGAGCACAUACGCUGGAAGUAGAAAAGAACCAUACUGCUGAAGCUAUACUAAGAUAUAAUGGUGCAGCAGAUGAGGAACCUACAUCAAGUCGAAAAAGCUGCUCUGAAUCCGACCCUUGUCUUGUUAUCAACUGUCCUUUUACAUUUUAUCCAACGGCGGAAUUUACCGUUUGUAUGACAUUUGAUGAUCUAAAAUCAUUACCUAACGACGACCCCGCUCCCACGACGUCCCCAUACAACUCUGCUGAACACUUUCUCAAUUUUGCGUUUCCUGGUACUACAUGGACGCCUGGGUCUGUUAACGGAAGGGCUUUAGAACUACCACCUGUCUCGGCGCAAACCCAGCCACAUGAAUUAGAAAAGCUUAAGUGUGGCGAAGAGUGUGGGGACCAAAAAAUAUGUAAAUGCCUGUACACACUGAAUCUUGAUCAUGGUAAAGUGUAUCAAUUUGUGUUUACCAAUAUGGCUAAGGGAGGAGGCUGGUCACAUCCAAUACAUAUGCAUGGUCAUUCGUUUUAUGUUGUAAAGAUGGGAUAUGCCCCGUACAACAGUACAACCGGUAAAAGAACUGGAGAUAACAUGGAUAUAGAUUGUCGGGGUGGUGUUCCUAGAGAGCAAAGUUUCUGCAAUGACGCCACAUGGUCAAACUCUUCGUGGUUAGGGGGUAAUAUACCUGGUCUUGAACUAAAGAAUCCACCCAGAAAGGAUACCAUCAUUGUACCGACUGGAGGCUAUGUAGUUGUUAGAAUCAAGGCGGAUAAUCCAGGGGUUUGGUUUAUGCAUUGUCACAUUGAAAUACAUCAUAUGGAUGGAAUGGCAAUGGCCUUAAAUGAAUCAUUUUCUAAGCAGCCGAAAACUCCUCUUGGUUUCCCAAAAUGUGGUGAUUACAGGGGAUUGGGAGAAGAAAAUGCAUCUGCAGAUUUCACAGAAAUGGAAAACAUGGUUACCAGUCAACAGUUUUGGGUUACAACGGGUGUUCUUAUAGGUGUUAUAGUUUUACUUGUAGUGAUAUUGACUUUAAAGGUUUUCUGUCAAUCAAAAAAGGAGAACGAAAAUUAUAAAGUAAAGACCAGUGGUACUGAAAUCAAUCCCAGCUUUACAAUGCCAUCGUGAGAAAUGCGAUGAAUACCCGACUCCGAACAAUGAGAACUUUUUAGGUUAGUGAUGUAUCCCAGUGUUUUUUCAUAUGUAAUAAUAUUAUAAGUCUUUAAGACCUCUCUGAUUUAUUACAAAAUAAAAUUAUUCGGUUGAGUU